AAGACCAAGGAGUGGCUGCGUCAGGACUCUCUGGGUCUUCGCCACACCUGUGUGGCUGAGAACCUGUGGAGGUGGCGUGGGCGAGGCUGUGCUUGUUCUCUUCCUCAGCGGCCCUGCUGUUGGCCAGUCAGUGUCGCCUCUGCAUAGAUAUCAAGCCCUCAGGCUGUAGCCUGGUGGCCUGCUAUAGUCAUGACUCAGUGGCUGCCAGCCUCCUGUCUGGUCCCUCUCCUUCUCCUUCUGGCUGGCUUGGUGCAGCCAGACCCCACGCCGCAGAAGAUGAAGAUGGACUGUUACAAAGACGUGAAAGGCACCAUCUUCAGUCACGAGGCCAUCACCCUCCCCAGGAGGAAGCGUGUCCAGUUCUCACAGUACGCAGGCAAGCACGUCCUCUUCGUCAAUGUGGCCACCUAUUGCGGCCUGACUGCCCAGUAUCCUGAGCUGAAUGCGCUCCAGGAAGAGCUGAAGCCCUUUGGCCUGGUGGUACUGGGUUUUCCCUGCAACCAGUUUGGAAAGCAGGAGCCAGGAGACAAUAGCGAGAUCCUGCCUGGGCUUAAGCACAUCCGUCCAGGGGGAGGAUUUGUACCUAAUUUCCAGCUUUUUGAGAAAGGGGACGUGAAUGGUGAAAAGGAACAGAAAAUCUUCACCUUCCUGAAGCGCUCCUGUCCUCACCCCUCUGAACUUUUGGGCUCAUUCAAACAUAUCUCCUGGGAUCCUAUCAGAGUCCACGACAUCCGCUGGAACUUUGAGAAGUUCCUGGUGGGGCCAGACGGAAUCCCUGUCAUGCGCUGGUUCCACCAGACUCCAGUCAACAUGGUGAAGUCUGACAUCCUCGAGUACCUCAAGAGGUUCCAAAGCAAACAGGGAGGCUGAGCUUUCCUCAUCACCUGGUCUCCAGUGGACUCGGGUCAUGGCUUCUGGAUUUUAUCUUUUGAAGGACAAGAUUCCCCUCUCAGCCCACUCCUCAGCUUCACAGCCUCCCUUCAGUCUCCAAUAAAAUGU